UCGUCGUAUAAGACGCGGUUAGAUUGCCGUCUCUUCGUCUUCCCUUCGACCCCACGCAGGCGCGUUUGAGAUCCCAAUCUCCCUGAACCCCAUGGCGAAUUUGGAAUCCAGCGCCCUCCUGAAGCACCCCGACGGCCGCGAGGAGCCCGCCCCCGAGCCCAAGGAGAAGACCCCGGCAGCGCCACCCGAGGCCGUCCCCAAGCCCCAGCAGAAGGCUCCGCCGGCCGCUGUUGCGAAGGGCCCCGCCGGGUGGACCGCGGACGGGCUUCCGGUCGGUCACGGGAGCGUCGUCGGCGAGCCCGUCGGCCGUGUCCAGUGGAAUUCCAGCCUCUUCUCUUGCUUUGGCCGCAACGAUGACUUCUGCGGCAGCGAUCUGGAAGUCUGUCUCCUUGGUAGCUUUGCUCCAUGUGUGUUGUAUGGAAGUAAUGCAGAGAGGCUUGGAGCAGUUCCUGGUUCCUUUGCAGAUAACUGCUUGCCUUAUACUGGUCUUUAUGUGCUUGGGAAUGCCCUUUUUGGUUGGAACUGCCUUGCACCAUGGCUUUCACACCCUACACGGACAGCCAUUCGUCGCAAGUUCAAUCUUGAAGGUAGCUUUGAGGCGUUCACCAGACCCUAUGGAUGCUGCGAUGGAAUAGUUGAGGAUGAACAGAGGCGUGAGCAAUUGGAACAAGUAUGUGACUUCGCUACACAUUACAUGUGCCACACAUGCUCCCUCUGCCAGGAAGGCCGUGAACUGCGUCGCAGGCUGCCACACCCUGGAUUUGAUGCACGACCAGUCUUGAUCAUGAUUCCUCCCAUGGAACAAACCAUGGGCCGGGGCGCCUGAAGAUCUCAGAACAGUGUAAUCUUGUUGGUGAUGUGUGAUCUAUUAAGCUGAACCAAAUGUAUCACAGACCAGUUUACUGGGUAUAUACCUGUGUAUGAAUCUACAGUCUUUGUCACCCUGUCAGUACUAAUAAGAGGUCUGUUGUGGUUUAAGUGUCCUUUGAUCUUUCUUACUACAACUUGUUAUGUCUGAGUGUUUGAGAUAUAUGACUUGUACUGUCUUCACAAACUCAACAUCACAAUCCAUUGUGACCUAUUUGGUCAGAUGCAGUUAGAUCACAA